AGUCGACCUCAAACAGACUUCAGAGCGGUACCAGUGGAGACGCAUAUCAGAGUAACUACUCAGCUAAUUGUAAUUGAAGUUAGAAUCAUAAAAUAGAUAUUACCAUUAGGAGUCAGAUAGAAAGGUAAUCAUACAGUAAGUUAAUACCGUAAGUACAAGUAAGUUAGAAUCAUAGAUAUUACAAUAUCAGGUCAGUCAGACUGAAUUAGUUCAUUGAUUGAUUGAUUGGGGUAAUCAUUGAUAUCCGGUACAGUUAGUUAAGAUGGCCGACUACGUCAACAAACAGGUGAUUGAAUUAAACAAAGUUAAUGAAGAAAACCGGAACAGAGCAACGAGGAGCGUGAAGACUGAGACCCAUCUCUCAGAUGGAAGACUAAGACUCUACAGGCUGGCUGCUGUGUGUUUUGGAGUGCUGUGUCUUCUACAAGUCACCCUCAACAUCUCCCUGAGGCUGGCUUUCUAUAACAGAGGCAAUGAGACUGUGGAGAGAGACCAGCUACAGACCAGUUACAACACUAUGACUGAAGAGAGAGACCAGCUACAGACCAGUUACAACACUAUGACUGAAGAGAGAGACCAGCUACAGACCAGUUACAACACUAUGACUGAAGAGAGAGACCAGCUACAGACCAGUUACAACACACUGACUGAAGAGAGAGACCAGCUACAGAAGGAAAGAGAUGAUCUCAUGAGAAAGUUCUCUAAUCUGAAACAAACCUGUCCUGAUGGCUGGCAGAAGUUCAACUCCAGUUGGUACUUCCUGUCUACUGAGACUAAAACCUGGAAGGAGAGCAGAGAGGACUGUCUGGAGAGAGGAGCCGACCUGGUGAUCGUAAACAGUGAUAUGGAACAGCAGUUUCUCUUAGGCCUCAAUAAGGGAGCCUGGAUUGGUCUGACUGAUUCUGUUACUGAGGGGACCUGGAGAUGGGUGGACGACACCCCACUGACCAUAAGGUGUGAUAGAGACUUUUUAACAAAUGACAUAUUGCUUCAAAUGUUUAUCAUGAAAAGUUUGUUUUCACUCAUAGAUGUCAUUCCACAAACACUAAUAAAUAUAUCUAAGAAACUAAGUACUAUUAAAUAUGAAAAUGCAAUACAACUAAAGUUAUCUUUGUUGGUCUAAGCUAGAUGAGGGUCUAUAAUUUAUGAUGAUGUUUUCUACCAGCGUCUGAUUAUUAACUUUGCCCCCUUUUUAAUUAGUAUGUUUUAUGUUAUUUGCACUGGUUCUAUGGACACUCACUAGACUCUACCCACACACUCACUAGACUCUACCCACACACUCACUAGACUCUACCCACACACUCACUAGACUCUACCCACACACUCACUAGACUCUACCCACACACUCACUAGACUCUACCCACACACUCACUAGACUCUACCCACACACUCAAUAGACUCUACCCACACACUCACUAGACUCUACCCACACACUCACUAGUCUCUACCCACACACUCACUAGACUCUACACACACACUCACUAGACUCUACCCACACACUCAAUAGACUCUACCCAGACACACACUCUUCACAUGCACUGCUGCUAUUCUGUUAAUUAUCUAUCCUGAUUGCCUACUCACUUUUAUCCCUACCUACAUCAGAAAGUAUUCACACCCCUUGACUUUUUGCACAUUUUGUUGUGUCACAGCCUGAAUUUAAAAUGUUUUAAAUAGCGACAUUGAAUA